CUCUCUGGUUUGGGCUCACCCCUCAGCUGUGGUUGAGCCUCUGUGUCCUGCUGCAUGUCUCAGGCCUGGGGGUGUCUCCCCGUGCUGGACCACUGAUGGGACCCCCUCCCCUGGCCCUUAGCCCAGCCCUCCGCCCUCCUCCUCCGCUUCAGCAGAGCAGAGUUUGGCCCCAUGCCCUGGGCCAGCUGGUCUCUGCGAGCACCGGGGGCCACCAUGGGGGUUUCUCAGAGCGUGGCGGGCGCCCUGCAGCAGUGCAAAAUAACUGGGGGGGGGGGUCCCAGCCCUGUGCCGUGGGGAGCGGCAGGACCUGGGGAUGUCCCAUCCCUCCCAGGGGUGCCAAUUCGGCUGGGAGGUGGAGGUGUGCGGGGAGCAGGGGCUGAGGCGAGAGCUUGAGGGGAGCUGGGGCUGCUGGGCUGUGGAGCUGCGUGGCGUGGGUGAGCGUGCUCAGCUGUUUGGCAGAUGAACAAUGCGCUCUCCCAGCCAAGCCCACAAGCUGCUAAUUUUAGCGAUUACAUGAAUUUUUCCAAGCAGUCUCGAGUCCCUUGAUGAUUCAGAGCCACUCAGCUUUGCUGCACCCGCCACCCUGGCCGUGGGGAUGCACUGGAGGUGUGCCAGCAUGGACAGACCCGGGACUGUCCCGCUGUCUGGGAGCGAGGCAGACCUCCCCAAAACUAGGUGAUGCUGCUGUUCUGGGGCUCCUGGAACCUCCCCGGUCGGUGGCGUUUCGGGGCUCAGCUCGGCAUGGGGGAGCACCAGGGCUAGUGCCAGAGGUCGCAGGACAGAUGGGAGCCAUGGUGGGGCUGGGAACCCAGACUGGGUUAAAUGCAAGUGGCUCUGAGAGUGUGGCCAAGGGUUGCGGGCUGCUGGCCUCCGAGAGCCACAGGCAGGGUUAUGUCAAAGCACAAGGGGUAACGCUAGCAGGGACCACUUGCCCGCAGGACCCCUGGCCCUCCUGCAGGCUCAGCAGCAUGCGGACAAAUGCCUGCAGAAGGUGCUGGGGGCUGUUGGGUGCAAAGGCACCUUCAGCCCAGGCUGCGACUGCCAGCAGCGGCUGGGCUGUGGGGCGGCACCGUGCGCUCUUGCUUUUCCCUGUGCAGUGGCGUUUGGCCACUGCCUUUGGUGAGGAAUCGGAAAACUGCGUUUGUGCAGGUGAGGAGGGCUGGGGGCUCUGGGGGAAGGAGCCGCGCCCCCAGCCAGCCCAGCUGUGACCACAGGUUUCACUGCCAGUCUCGUCUCACAGGGGCACAGGGCCUGGCAGGUGCCCACCCUUGGCCUCCGUCAUCCCCUUAGAGGUGUACGGACGUGGCAGUGACUCCGUGCUGUCCUGAGCCUGGUCCGGGGGGGUUCAGCCUUUCUCUGGCUGAUGUGGCUGGAGGUGAGGAAGGUCCCCAGGACACUGCUGGACCCUGGGACUUCCCUGCGGCGCGAGGCUUGCUCCACUCCAUCCAGCGCCGUGUGAGCUCCCAGCUAUGCGGAGCAGCCUGCCUCUGCAAAACGCUUAUCUCACCCUCAAUCACAUCCCUGUGCGGUCUCGGGGAGCUGCCUCUCCCCUCCAGAUGUGCGGAGUGUGUCCGUGCUGCUGUCCGAAGCUCUCACACCCUCUCUCUCCCUUGCGUGUAGCCUGGGGCAAGCUCCUGUGCGCUCACCUCAGGGAGCAGCUCCCUCUCCGCUGCGGGUGCGGUGCACGGGUUUGUGCCAUUACUCAGCCUUACUUUAUUUUUAGGGAUGUCUUGAAAACAGACCCGUCCUUCCCAGCCAAGAGCUGGAGCCAGGUUCCCGAGGCCUGGGUAGAGGCAGCUGGGUUUUUAGCAGAGCUGUUACCUGGGCUCCUCUGAAACUUUGGGCGUUCUGUGUGGCCGUAGGGACCAUAACCUGAUCACCCCCCUCCUGGGGGCAGGGGGUUUGAGGGUACCCACCACUGCACCCCUAUCCCCCCCCCCGGGGCAGCGCUGCUUGGAAGGAGCUGAGUCCGACAUUCCUCUGUCAGACUGGGAUUGGGGUGGUGGUUUUUCGGAAGUGCUGGGGUUUAAUUUCUGUGUUGCCUUGCUGAAAAGCUGUGUGCUUCUGGGAUGAGUCAGAGCAGGCAGGAACCCAGCAGCGCUGGUGCUGGCGGUGGGCAGACAGAGCUGGCGAUAAGGGUGCGAUAAGGCCACGAGAGCCCUACUUUCGUGCCAGGGCUGCAGGGAGUGGGCAGCUCUCGAGCCUGCUGCCUGACCUCCAGCUGCACUGCUGUCAAGGAAGCAGGGAGGUUAUUUUGGGAACCACGGCACUGGGAAAAUCUGCUAUGUCAACAGAGCGUGAGCUAAAGCACUUGCGGGUGGUAUUUUCAAAACGCCCCUUCUCUGUGCCCAAAUGCCUGGGCUUUGCCCCAGGCCCAGGCAGGGGAGUGUGGCUGGGGGAUAGCCCCAGCCUCGGUGCUCGCUCCCUGGCCAGGGAGGGGUCCGUGGCCAUCCGGCAUGUCCCGUGGCAGCCGGGCCCCCCAUGCAAUCUGACACUGGUGGCAGUUGCCUCCAGCUGAGGUCCCACUCCCUAUUCCUCUUCCCACGAUCCCUGUCGUCUUCCUCCGAGUCUGGCGGGAAGCUCCCCCCUCCAUCCCUGCAGUUUGCUGUUUAUCCUGGUCUGGUUCCCUCUUUGAACAGGGUCCCCGUCCCCUACAGUGCCCUGCGCCCUCCCACCCAUCGCGGCAUGGUGCGACACGCUGGGGCAUGGGGACGGAGGCAGCCUUCCUCCCCUGCCUCUGGCAGCAGCCCUGUGCUGUUCCCAUCUUGAGCAACUCGUUAGCACCAGCUGGGACCUGAGCAGGGGCUGCUGUGGCCAGCGGAAACAUGGGUGGGCUGAGACGGGAUUAGAUGUGGUCAGGGAAAUUCCAGCUGCCCUGUGGUUAGCACGGGGCUGCUCUGGAUCCGGGAAGCCCAAAGAGGCCACUCAUGCUGGCUCCCUUAAGCUGCUUCCUCCUGAAUAUCCGUUCCCAGCGGCUGCUGGACUGGGGCUGGCCGGGAGAGGUAGGUGAGGGGGGGACCUGGGGCACCCCCGUGCACCCACGUGGGCUGGAGGGGACAGGGGAGGGGUGGCAGCAGGCACCCCUGAACAAGUGGAUGGGACGGGCUUGUACCCUGCUUCCCAAACGCCCCUGGGUGCUGGGCACCAUCACCCAUCAUGUGUCAGGGCUGCUGAGGAUGAAGAGCAGCGUACGGGCUGCGGCACAGCCGUGGCAGCCCCUGGGAGAUGGCAGUAUGUGCCGCUUUGGGGUUGCAAGUCUGCCUGCAAUUGGUGCCCAGGGGGGUUCUCAGUGCCUGCAGGCACAGCAGUGCUGGUGGGAGGCAGCUGAACCAGCCUGGCCUCCGGCUGGCCCCGGCAAUGCUGCUGGUCCCUGCUCGGUGCCCGCUCCCUGGCUGGGCUGGGCGAGAUGCUUGCAGGGCAGAGCGGGUGCUUGUGGGCUCCCGGCCUGUCUGCAUCUGCGGCUGGAGGGAGCGAAUGAGAGCUGUGACCCCCAGGCAGGGUCGGCGUGCUGGGGGGCUGCCUGUGCUGCCGACCCUGGGCUGGGGCACGGCCGGAGGCCCUGACGCUUGCAGAAGCUGUAGCUGGGGCGGCAAGUGCUGUGCAUGUGCCGAGGCGAUGCCAUGGAGCAGCCCCGGCGUGAAUGUGUGCCAGCGAAGGGCAGGAUCGUACCCAGGGGCCUGGCUUUGCCUCACCUGCCCCCAUGGGUCGGGGUACCUAGCUGCAUCCCGCUCCACUGGGUACCGGGGGGGCUCACAGGGCCGAGCUGCUACCAGGGCACUGGCUGACAUGAGCAGCAUGUUCAUGGGACCAUCUGCUUGUCUUCAAACAAGAACACUGAGGUUCAGGAGAGGGAAACCCAAAACUCCAUCCUUGAGAUGCUUGCUCUGUUUGCCGAGGAAAUAGGAGUUGGAAGCAGCUCUGCUCCAGCGCUUUCCCUAACCCCGUCGCUGCCCCUGUGCUGAUUCAUUGAUUUGGACGGGUUAUAUACUGGGAGGGGAAGCAUGAACCACACUCGGCUCUCUUGCCAGCACAGAGCUGUGCUCGCUCGGCGCUCGUGGCUGCAGGACACUCUGGUAAGUCUUCUCUGCGCUACCGACCCUGUGAGCGGCCCUGGGCCUGGGGGACUCCGGGGGCAGCUCCGAGGGGUGGUGGUGUGGCAGCAGGAUCUGCACGUUCAGCAUCUUUUGAUUUGAUGGAGAUGUUUGUCUUGCGAGGAUUCUCCGAAAAAGCGAGACCACUUGGGCAUUGUGGGAGCUGAAAUAGUUACAUAGGCAACAUAUCUUAAAUAAUAACCAAGAGAAAAUUAAGGGGGGCAAAGUAACAUUUAGGGGGGCUGAGGUUAGGAGCCCUGGGAUGCUGAGGGGUUGAGCGGUAGGGAAUAUUCAGCCCCUUGGUCUGUAAGCUUUUUGUCCCUAGAAGAAAAGAGGAGAUAAAUUGUUUUCAGCUGCCUUUUCUGAAGGGCGCUCCAGCGUGGAUGCUCUCUGAGCUGCCUUCCCAGGGAGUGACAUGAGCAGGGCUUUUGAUGUGCAGAGCGUUUGGGGAAGUUCAUAAAUGGCUUGUUAUAAACAAAGCUGUUCUUGGAUGCAGAUUGUUUCCAUAUGGGAAACAUAAACUGUGCUGGCUUGUGGAGGGUUCCUCCCUCCCUGCCGGAGAGCAAGCGUGUUCCCUGGAGGGAGCCUGGGGCAGAGGGCAGGGGCUGUGCCCCAGCACCCCGGGGUGCUGUGCCAGCCGGGGCAGCGUGCCCGGACCCCUGCGCUGCCAGACUUGCCCGUCUGGCUGAGCCGUCCUCGGGGCGGUGGGAGCGGCAGGUUUUCUCCCUCCCUUGUGCCACACGAAGUUGUUAGCGGGGAGCUGCUCCAUGCCAGCCUGGCACAAGGCUGCUGCUUUAAUCUAGGGAGGGAGGAAGCUCCCAGGCCGGAGGAGGGAGGAGAGGGUGUCCAUGGUGGCCGUGCUUGUGGGGUGAUGGAGGACCUUGCUGCAAAGCUCUCGUUCCCCCCCAAGCUCCAGGGCUCCCCUGGGACCAGCCUGCAUACAGGUGCCCACGCUGGACACCCCGCUCUCACAGCCAAAACCAGCCAGGGCCGAGACCUUCUGCUGGGGAUGGGGUGCAGACAGGCCACCCCCGUACCCAGUCUGGGCUGGGGAGCUGGCAGCGGGUCCUGUUGACCCAGGUUCCUGCAGGAUCAGAGCUAAAGCACACCCAGGCAGUGGGUGCCAGCGCUGCUCUUGGCUCCGUGACAGGAGCUUAGAGCUGCUCGCCACUGGGCAGAGCCAGGCGGGUGCUUGGGGUACUGGGCGGGGGGGGCACCUUUCUUCCUGCCUCCACCCGGCAUCCCCGGGACCCGCUCGGCUGUGGGUGCCACAGGCCAGCUCCGGUGCAGGUCUCAGCUCUUCAGUGGUGCCAGGAGGCCAGCGCUGCUGGUCGCAGCUCGCCACGCUCGCUGCAAAACAGGAAACCACGCUCCUGGCCGCUGGAGGAGCCAAGCGAGGGGGACGCCAGGGAUGCCACUAAUAGCUGUGGUAUGGCAGCCAGGCGCCACGGCCCCCGUCUCUGUCCUGCUCUGCGCUCCUGCCUGGGCUGUGCCCAGCCCUGCCUGCUCCCAGCCUUCCUCGCCCGUCCUCCUCUGCCUCGCUGCUGUGCUGGGGGCAGGAUGGCCGCUGCCUCGGCGGCCUUUUCCAGGGAGAAAGCAGCACCCAUCCCUGGCAGCGGCCCUGGGAGCUGGGAAAUCGCAGGGGCUGAGCCCGCCUCCUUUGUUUUUACUGCAGGCUCAAUGGAGCGGGGAGGCUGGCAGCGGUGGCUGCUGCUGCUGGUGGGCAUCCAGCUGGCCAGUGGCCAGUGCCCAGAGCAAUGCCAGUGCGUCCGCACCGCCCAGGUGGAGUGCUCCGGCGCUGGCAUCACCGCGGUCCCCAGCCCCAUCCCUGCAAACGCUAUGACCCUCCAGAUCAUUAACACGCGCAUCGCCGAGCUGGGUGACGCGUCCUUCGGCAACGCCUCCCUGCUGAUCGGGCUGCGCAUCGAGAAGAACAACCUGUCGCGCAUCAGCCCUGGGGCCUUCCAGCACCUGCCUGACCUGCGCUACCUCAGCCUGGCCAGCAACAAGCUGCAGGAGCUCCCCGUGCAGGUCUUCGAGCCCCUGGGCAAGCUGGAGUCUCUGCUCCUCUCCAGCAACCAGAUCCUCCAGGUCGAGCCUUCCCACUUCGCCCACCUGAGCAACCUCAAGGAGCUGCAGCUGCACGGGAACAACCUGCAGGAGCUGAAGGAGGGGGUGUUCGACCAGCUCACCAGCCUCACCAAGCUCAACCUGGCCAGGAACAACAUUGACCGCCUGCCGCCCCGGGCCUUUGAGCGGCUGGCGCGGCUGCAGGUGCUGCGGCUCUACGAGAACCGGCUCCGGCAGAUCCCGGCAGGCGCCUUUGACGGGCUGCCGGAGCUUCAGGAGCUGGGGCUGCACCAGAACCAGCUGGAGAUGCUGUCCCCGGAGCUCUUUGUGCACAACGGGAACCUGCAGAAGCUCUACCUGUCCAACAACCUCCUCGCCACCCUGCCGAGCGGCAUCUUCUUGCCCCUGCGUGCCCUUGCCAAGAUCACCCUGCACGUCAACCGCCUGCGGGACAUCUCCCCCGCUGCCUUCGGGCCCAUGCCGGACCUGCGGGAGCUGUGGCUCUACGAGAACGAGCUUUCCACCCUCCCUGCCGCCGUCUUCAGCAACCUCACCCAGCUGCAGCUCCUGGUCCUCAGCAAGAACCGGCUGCGCUCCGUGGCGCCGGGGGCUUUCCGGGGCUUGGGGGAGGUGCUGGAGCUGUCGCUGCACUCCAACGCCCUGCGCCGCCUGGACGCCCGGGCGCUGGAGGGGAUGCCCAAGCUGCAGAACAUCUCCCUGCACCACAACCAGCUGCAGGCGCUGCCGCGGGGUCUCUUCGGGGCCACCCCGGGGCUGCAGCACCUGCAGCUGCACUCCAAUGCCCUGGAGUACCUGCCCGCCGGCAUCUUCUCUCCCCUGGCCACCCUGCGAGAGGUGAGGCUGCACAACAACUCCUGGCGCUGUGACGAGGGCAUCCUGCCCCUGCGGGGCUGGCUGGAGGACAACCCCCACAAGGUGGGCGAGACACCCCCCCUCUGUGCCCAGCCCCCCACCCUGCGGGGCACCCCCAUUGCCAGGCUGCCGCGGGACCAGCUCCUCGCCCCCCAGUCCCCCACUGCCUCCCCCCAUCCCAGCACCCCGCUCCCCGCUCGCCCCUCCGAGGUGGCGUUGCCGGAGGGUGCCUGGACGGAGCCCCCCACGGGGCUGCCGGUCUCCCCACGGCAGGAGGAGAAGGAGGAGGAGGAAGAGGAGAGGGGCCGGUGGGGGCUGACACGCAUGCAGAGCGGGGUGGUGGUGGCGGUCAUUGUGCUGGUGUGCGUGGCCCUGCUCGCCGCUCUGGUGGCACUGGUGGUCUACGGCUGUAGGAAGAAGAGCCACGUCGUGCUCAUGAGGAUGAAGGCGCCCAAUGAACUCCCCCGCGUCCGGGCGCGUAUCCCCGCGGGGCUGGGCCGCCCGGGCCUCACGCUGCUGCUAGCGUGGCACACCCCGAGUGACUCGGCCGUGUCCAAGCCGCCCUCCCUGCCCGCGGGCACGUUGCUUGCAGAGAAAGAAGUACUUGAUGCGCAAUUAGAAAUACAACCGGUGGAGCCCGCUCCUUUUGUCACUGAGCACAGAGCAGCCCUGCAGCGCUGUCCCCACCACCCAGUGUGCGCAGCACAUCCCCGUGCUUCACAUGCUCCCCCAGCCCAGAGCCUGGCUUUGUGCCCAUGGAGAUAUCUCGCGAGGCCACAGGUUCCCCCAAGACCCCCGCGGGAGCACACGGGUCCCACCUCGGCCGCUGCUCUGCAGGACGUGGGGACCUUUCAUGAGGGUGGCACCACCCUGGUUGUCACAGGGCAGGCUGGAGUGGGGCUGGGGUGCAGGAAAAGAGCCCCGGCCCACCGUACGGGGCAGGCGAGGAGACUUUUGGGAGGGAAGUGCUCCUUGUUCCCGCAAGGGGAGUGCUGGGGUGGUGCGGGCAGCCGUGGCUGGAGAGACACCCCAUGGCCAGGGCAGCUGCCCACGCCGGCAGUGCCCCAGAGGUUGCUCCCGCUGCCUUUCUGGCUGCAGAAGCUGCUUUCCCAGCAGUGCCUACCUGCGGGUGCAGAUUUCUGCCUCACCAAGGCAGAGGAUGAGGCUCGACUCCUUCUCCAGUGCAGGCUGCUGGUCUACACGCUGCUGGGGCUGGGGUCCCUGCUGGUGGGGGGGCUGCGCCUGCCCUGCCCCCCCGCCUGCCAGUGUUAUGACACCUCCAAAGUCUUCUGCUCAGAGGAGAGGAUGCGGGAGAUCCCGGCGGGCCUGCCAGGGAACGCCACCCAGAUCUUCUUCGUGGAGACAGCCCUGAGCAGCAUCCGCAGAGGGGCCCUGGGCUCCAGCACCACCCUCACCAAGCUGGUCUUCCUCAACAACAACAUCCAGGAGCUGGAGGCCAGCGCCUUUCAGGGGCUUCCCAGCCUCACGGAGCUGGAGGUGUCGGGCAACCCCUUGCCGGCAGUCAGCCCGGAGGUGCUGGUGGGGCUGCCCAGCCUCAGCAAGCUCUCCCUGGGCGCCAACGCCAUCCGCUCCCUGCAGCCGGGGCUCUUCGCCACUGCUUGUCGCCUGCAGGACCUGCGCUUGCCAGGGAACAAGAUUGAGGUUCUGCCCGCCGACAUCUUCCGCCCGCUCCGACGUCUCCAGACCCUGGACCUCUCGCAGAAUGCCCUGGCUGAGCUGCCGGCUGGGCUGCUGACGCCACUCGUCGCCCUCCGCCUCCUCAAGCUCAGUGACAACCUGCUGACACGGGUGCCCUCCGGCGCUUUCGGGGCACUGGGCCGGCUGGCCGAGCUCCACCUGGAUGGUAACUGGCUGGAGGAGCUGCCGGCCAGCGCCUUUGCUGGGCUGGGGGGGCUGCGGCGGCUGCAGCUGCAGCACAACCACCUCGGCAGCCUGGCCCCUGACAUCUUUGCCGGUCUCCCCAACCUCACCGUCCUCAGCCUGGAGGGCAACCGCCUGGCUACCCUGCCUGCCUCCCUCUUCACCGGCACCCCUCACCUCCUCCACCUCUCCCUGGCUCGCAACCAGCUGGAGACGCUGCCCCAGGGGCUCUUUGCCAACCUGUCGGCGCUGCAGACCCUGAUGCUCUCGCACAACGCCAUGAUCCAUCUCCCCGCCGGGGUUUUCCAGGGCCUGGCAGGGCUGACAGCGCUGCAGCUGAGCCACAACAACCUCUCCAGCCUGCCGGCUGGGCUGCUGGCCGGGCUGCCCCUCCUCACCGCCCUGGCGCUGGACCACAACCGCCUGGCCCACUUGCCCCCGGGGCUCUUCGAUGCCAACGAGGAGCUGGCACACGUGGGGCUGGCCGACAACCCCUGGGCCUGCGACUGCCGCCUCGCCUAUCUCCUGGGCUGGCUCCAGGGCUUCGCCGAGCCCCUCACCCACGCGCAAGCCUCCUGCGCCAGCCCGGCCACUCUCCAGGGACGGUUCCUGCUGGAGGUCUCCCAGGGGCAGCUGGAGUGCCCGGGAGCACCUGGCAUCCCCCAGGAGGAGGGCUGGGACAAGGAGCAGGGGGAGGAUGCUCUGGGGCAGUGCACCUACAGCAACCCUGAGGGCACCGUAAGCAUGGCCUGUGAUGCCACGAGCUGCCAGCAGCUCAGCCUUCGCCUCCCUCCUCCUCCUCCUCCCGGGCAGGUGGCGAGGACGGGGCUGGUGUACCAGGGUGCCUGGGUGCUGCGCUCCCGCUGUGGCACACUGCAGGUCAGCGUCCUUGUCAGGGCGCAGAGCGGGGACGAGGCCAUGUCACCAGGUCUCCCCGCUGAGCCCUAUCAGCCCCACGGAGGCUCCGUGGAGACGGGGCGCAAAGUCCCAGCGGCGCUGCCCACCCAGGAGACGGCAGCGGGCUGCCAUCCCGGCCGUGCUCUGGACUGCCGGCCCCAUGCUCCGGGGAGGCAGGUGGGCGAUGCUGCACCCCGGGACGCGGUCCUGCACAGCCACCCCGCCGCCCCUUCUGCACAGGGCACUGCCACCGUGCCGCAGCCGUCUCCCAGCCUCCGGAGCGGCCUGGCAGCGAGCGGGGACCUGGACGCAUAUGGCAUUGAUGUUGGAAAGGGGACAAUGUACCAGCAUUUCCUCUUCCUUUUCUUCCUCUCCUUCCAUCUCCAUAAAUGCCAAGAUCAAAUCCUGGGUGAAGAUCCAUAUGAAAUGCCCAAAGACUACCAGGAGGUCUACAGAGGGACAAAAAAUGACAUCAAAGAGAUCCCAAAGAUUGCAAAGCCCUUCAUUUCUGAGAUGAUCUUUGUGCAAACCAGCAUCACUGCUAUAAGGAAAGGUGCCUUCGGGUACAUGCCCAACCUGAUCAAGAUUUUGUUUAUUGGCAACAAGAUCAAGACAGUUGAACCUGGAGCCUUUGAUAAUUUGGUCAAGCUGAGGGACUUGGAGAUCUCUGGUGCCUUGUUGGAAGAACUAGCUGUGGGCACUUUCCAAAACCUCCCAAGCUUGCAGAGGCUGGAGCUGAGAGACAGCCACCUCAGAUACAUCCCCAAAGGCCUGUUUGAUGGGCUGGAAAAUUUGGGAGAGCUCUCCCUGCACAUCAAUGCAAUCUCUUCUCUUCCAGAAGGCAUUUUUGAUUCUCUCGUCAAUCUAACAUUUUUGGACCUUGCUAGAAACAGGAUCACAACUCUUCCUGGGGAUGCCUUUAGCAAACUCCCUCGGCUGCAAGUCCUCCGGCUCUAUGAGAAUGAAUUGCAAGACCUCCCAGAGGGGCUGCUAGACAGUCAGUCGGGACUGCUGGAGCUCAGCCUCCAGAGGAACAGGCUCAGGGCACUGCCAUCCAUGUUUCUGAGGAGGCUGCCUCACCUGGAGAAGCUCCUCUUGGACAACAACUUCAUCGAGGUUCUCCCACCUCAGGGCUUUUUUGGUUUAAACAAAUUGAAGCUGCUGACUCUGAGUUCAAACCACAUUACGGAGCUCCCCUGCUGCCUUUUUGACAUCAUGCCACACCUGCGGGAGCUGGACCUGGGCAGGAACAGUUUGGCCACACUUCCAGACAGCAUCUUUGUCAACCUCACGUCUCUUGGCAAACUCAUCUUGUCCCACAACCAGCUAGCAGCCCUGCCAAGAGGAGCCUUCACUGGGCUCAGCAAGCUGUUGAACCUCCAGCUGGACACAAAUCACCUCUCUGCUCUGGAUGAUGAGGUCUUUGCUUCUCUCCCAAAUCUGAAAACCCUCAACCUUCGGAAGAAUCAGCUGGAGAGCGUGCCCCGAGGGCUUCUGGACCCCCUGAAGAAGCUCAUCUCAGUGUAUCCGAGUGGAAACCCAUGGAGAUGUGACUGCAACCUCUGCUACCUGCACAGCUGGAUCCUAGGCAACAGUGAGAAGGUCAAAUUGUCCACCCAAGUAUCAUGCAAGAGUCCACCCCACCUGGCAGGGCGAGCAGUGACAUCACUGAGGGAUGACCACUUAACUUGCCAAGCUACUCUGCCUCUUUCAGCUUCUUUUACCCCAUCUCUGCCAUUCACCUCCACAUCAUCACAGGGGAUAUCAAUGUUGCUGUCACCUCGAGCCUUGCCCACUGCAGCGCCAACCACGUUGUCAUUGGCAGCCUUUCCCAUCAUGGCACUGCCAACCAUGCUGUCACCUGUGGCCACCUCUGCCAUGAUGCCAACCAUGCCAAUGGAGGCCUUCAUUGCCACCCCAUCACCAACUGUGCUGCCCAAGACCUCCAUCACCACCUCAUCAUCAACCAAUGUGCCCAAGACCUCCACCACCACACCAUCAUCAACCAUGCUGCCCAAGACGUCCAUCACCAUGACAACAUCAACCAUGCUGCCAAAGGCCUCCAUCACCACUCCAUCAUCAUCUGUGCUGCCUGAGACCUCCAUCACCACCCCAUCACCAACUGUGCUGUCUGAGGCCUCCAUCACCACCCUAUCACCAAUUGUGCCACCUGAGGGCUCCAUCACCACCCCAUCACCAACUGUGCUGUCUGAGACCUCCAUCACCACUCCAUCACCAGUUGUGCCACCUGAGGCCUCCAUCACCACGCCAUCACCAGCUGUGCUGCCAGAGACCUCCAUCACCACCCCAUCACCAGCUGUGCUGCCAGAGACCUCCGUCACCACCCCAUCACCAACUGUGCUGCCAGAGACCUCCAUCAAUACACCAUUACCAACUGUGCUGCCCAAGGCUUCCAUCACCACCCCAUCACCCGCUGUGCCACAGGAGGCCUUCAGCCUGUGUGUAACUCCAGCCACCGUAAGCCUACAGCCUCCUGGGGCCCCCAGCCCAGAGCCUGCGCUGUCCACUCUAGCUUCUGCCACCACGUCAGUGCCAACCGUCCCGCUGGCAGCCACCACCAGACAAGUGUCUCCUGCUCUUCUGGUGCCCAUGGAGAGGCCAGCCACCAUCCAGUGGGGGACAUCCAGCAUCUCCCUCGCCUCGGCCCCCCCUGAGGCGCUCUGGCCACCCCCCAGGGCUGCUGUGCCGGGCAUGGUCCUUCUGGCCUCACACUCCCCGUCCCGCCGUGCUCCUGCGCCAGGCGGGGAGCAGGCCCGUGCCACCGCGUGGGGCUUGUCCACGGUUGGCACCCAGCCCGCUCCCACUGCCCCCCAACGCGCUCUCACCCCCGCAGGCACCGUCCUGCUCCCGACACCUCCUGUCCCCCCGCCGCCAGACCAUACGAGCCCCUGGCCGGCCUCCCCGGCCCUGGCCCCCAGCGGCCAUCACACCCGGGGCUUCGCCCUGCGGUCCAGCCCACGGCACUGCCGGGUCUCCCUGGCCCUGGCCCUGGCCGCGCUGGCGCUGCAGGCAGGCUGCACGCUGCUAUGGGGGACACUCGUCCUUCUCCUGCACCAAGCCACCCGCCGCCAGGGCCACCCCAUGCCACCGGUGAGGCUGCUGCGUCUCCAUGCCCUGGCUGCCCCGGGGCCCGCAGAGCAGGCCCGGGCACCGCUUUGAGCUUCGCUGCCCCUGCGUGAGCUGGGCAGUGCCCGUCGCCCUCCUUUGGGGGGUCUGGAGCCACGGGGUGCGUGUGUCGUGGGGUGCGGACCGUCCCCCGGGGGUGGGUGUCCCAGCAGCCAGGCAGUUUCGGGGUGCCUCCCAGCUGGCCUCUGGAGACGCUGGGAGCCUGCGGAGCCUGUGCGCGGUGCCGCUGCCUGACGGGCCCUUCUGCCGAGCGACACUAGGUGGCAUCCCGACACAGGCGGUGGCUGCCGCUGCCUGCCCAGGGCCACCGGCAGCAGAGAGGGCGAGCAGUGGCCCCGAAGGCACCGCACCGAAAUGCCGGAGACCCCGCACCCGGCCAGCUGGGGACCUCGCUGGACCCCGGGCACGGCCCGCUCUUGCCUGCAGGGUCUGGUCGGGGCUUCUGCCUGCAUCUCCUCCCCAUCCCUGGCAGGUACCUGCAGGGUGCAAGCAGCCCUUGGGGAAGGAGAUCCCAAGGCCUCCUGCCCCGCGCCCCAGCUUCUUCCCCGCGUCGCAUUACGGGAUGUGUCGGUGCCCGUACAUCCGUCGUAACACUCUGACCUCUUCCUCUCUCUUUCUCCCUUCCCUCCUCACUGAUAUUAAAGCCUCCGCUGCAUCUCUGCCAUGCACUGAAGGGCUGGAGAGAGGAGUGUUUUCAUCCCAGGGCUUUUCUCACCGUGACCUGCUGCGGGGGUUCCUGUUGCUUGCGGGAGCGUGGGGGUCCCCAGUCAGUGCUGGCCAUCAGGGACCGGUGUAGGACCAGGGUUGCACACCUUCCUGCAGGCAGCAGCAUAGUGAGACAACAGACAUGCUUUUCUCCCCCCUCUUAAAUCUCAUGUCCCCAAAACCUCUUUGCGAUGCUGCCUGUCCUGGCCUCUCUCGAAGAGUAAUGUUUGAGCAUGGCCAGCCACGUGGUUUUCAUACCAUAACUUCGCCUGGUGCUGAGCCCUGACUGCAGGCUGGGCACCCGCUCUUUGGAAGCUCGGGAGGACGGGGCUAACUCUCCUCAUAACGGAAGGGCUGAUGUGUGCCUUCACCUCUGCAGUCCUGGGCUGCCGCCAGGGCCAGGCAAGUGCCAAACCUAAACGAAAGUGGCUGUUUCUGUGGGUUUUCUGCCGUCACAGAAAGUGCUGAAACUUUAACUGGAAAGCUUUAGCCCAGGAGAUUUUUGAGCCGAUGAACACAGGGGUUGUUCCUUGGUUCGGGUCUCUGGGUACCUUAUUUUGCUCUAGGCUCAGCGUUGACUUCGCCCUGUGCCAGGCAAGCUGCUCCCAAAUUUAAUCACCCCAGUUACUACAGGGUUGCAGGUAUCUGUCUUCAACUCCUCACCUUUGCCGCCGGCACCUUCUCCGUCCUGCCCUGCCAUUGGGUGCCCUUCCACAGGGGCUGCCUGGCUUUGGGGGGGGUCUCAGGAGGGUGAACCCCUGAAAAUCAAUAGUCUGGGCAUGUGCUGGGCAAAGAGCCAUGGGGAAGCAGCUCAGAAACCUCCUGGCUGGGGAGCCCCAGCUCCCCUGCCUGGUGCAAGACCAAGGGAGGGGGAAAGGGGCUUCGCGUUAAGGGUAUGUGCCUGUGGCUGUGCAUUAGGGACCUGGAUAUAUGUCUUUGCUAAGAGCCUGUGCAGUGUUACAGGCCCUUCGGCUGCUCCUUGAAGUCCUGCUGACGGCUGUGAAAUACGGGAGGGGAGUGCGGGGCAGCACAUCUGGGCGGGAUGGAGCGAGCGGCUCCAGGGCUGGGGCUGGCACGGCAGGUAAUGAGACGCAGAUGAGGGGGAGGGAGUGUUUUUCCUGGCAGUCCAGAUGGGCUCGACUUAAUACUUGAUUUAGAGGGUUUGAAAGCGGGGCCUGGCUGCUGGGGAACAGACCCCAAGCACUUCCUGGGGCGGCAAGGGGGGGGUCUCCGCUGGCUUUUCAGAUAUUUAAUGGCCCAGCGCAGCCUAAACAGGGAAGUACUUCGGGGUGAGAUUAGCACAACAUAAUCACAUCUUAAAAGGUCUUCAGAGACACCAGGCACGUCCGCUCUCAUAUUAAUUACUUGUUAUUAAUAAAGCUGGGGUCAGGCUAGAGGUGUUCACUCUGGAGUGCGCUGAUUCCCUCUUUGCAGAGCGGUGGUGUAUCUGAAAGCAGCACAAAGCCCCGCCAGCCUCCACCUGUGCCCGUCCCGCUCCAGAAACCAAAUGGCCAACAUUCCUAUAGCUGCCUUUAAAACUAAUUUGCCCCAUAAUACCCCAAAAGGGCCAUGUCUUUCUAAGUGCCCAGAACACCUCAGAGUGCUGUAAAAUAAUAAUAGCCAGGGUGUUCCCAGCACGGGAAUUUCCUGCUAUGAUUGAUUUCUAAUUUGCAAUGAAAAUACAGCUGCCUGUGUUCCCGGGUUCGCAGGCAGGAGUCGGCUCCCUCCAUCGCUGUGGGGCCGAUCCCUGGAGGGUUGCGGCUGGGCUGGGCUGGGAGGAAUUGGCAGCCAUCCCAUUUGCCCCUGGUCGCCCUGGUGUCCCCUGGGAGGGAAGGGACUGAGAGGCGGGUGGGAUGCAGGGUGUUCUGGGGGUGAUGGGCCUGGGCAGCCUGUGGGGGAACACACUUGGGUUUCCUGAGCAAGAGCAGCCAGAGAGCACGCGGGGAUGGGGCAGAGCAUAGGGGAUCUGCACCGCGGGGACCAGAGUACAGGUUUGCUGCUUCAGAGCCGCACCUCUCCGCGAUGCCAAGGAGAGGCCUUCCUCCCAGCGGGGAGGUACGUGGCCGGGGCAGGUGCGCAGGGAGGACACAGCCCCCAGCACGCCCUCCCCGCU